AGGGUCGUGUGUUCAUGACCCACGCCACCAAGGCCAUCUACAGGCUGCUGCUCUCGGAUUACGUCAAGGUCAGCAAGGUGUCGGUGGAGGACAUGCUGUUUGACGAGCAGGACAUCAUCCGUUCCAUGGACAAGAUCGAGGUCAUAGACUUCCACCAGACACUUGAAGUUAAUGGCAUACGCUUCUGGUGCUAUACUGCUGGCCAUGUACUUGGUGCUGCCAUGUUCAUGGUGGAUAUUGCCGUUGUUCGCAUUCUUUACACCGGUGACUACUCCCGUGAAGAAGACCGGCACCUGAAAGCUGCUGAGAUCCCCCAGUUCUCCCCUGAUAUUUGCAUUAUUGAGUCAACUUAUGGCGUGCAGCAACACCAACCCCGCCAUGUCAGAGAAAAGCGCUUCACUGAUGCCAUCCACAACACUGUUUCUCAAGGGGGGCGUGUUCUUAUCCCGGCAUAUGCUCUUGGUAGAGCACAGGAACUGUUGCUUAUCCUGGAUGAGUAUUGGUCUAACCACCCAGAGCUCCAUAAGAUUCCAUAUUAGAAAAGGUACGCCGAUCUACAACGCCAGAAGCCCCGGUACGCCGAUCCGUGGUGGUUCCUCCUCUACUUCUUCCAUUUGUUGCUUCCCUAACCUGAUCUCAUCCUCGCUGUUCUAUCGAGGCGCCAUGGCACGGCCACACAUGGAGGGCCAUGGAGAAGACACGGCCACGGUGGUGCAGCCUGUGGUCCACAUCGCCGGCAAGAAGAACCACCACGAGGUCGGGUCACGGUGGUGCAGCCUGUGGUCUUCAUCGUCUACCACUCCGCCGUCUUCGGCAACCCC